AUUCCUCCAAGAAUCCAAGGAACUCACCUUUCUCUCUAACACUCUCGCCAUCGAACAUCGUCAGUUUCUGUGGCUCUGCGUUUCUCAUCUCAGAUUGUUGGUUAUGCUAGCUUGACUUGUGAUAUUGGCAAACAGAGAUGGCAAAGAAGAAGAAUCCAUUGGUUUUUAUGGAUGUGUCAAUUGAUGGUGAUCCUGGUGAAAAGAUGGUGUUUGAGCUUUUCCCUGAUUUUGCUCCAAAGACUGCAGAAAAUUUCCGUGCACUAUGUACAGGAGAAAAGGGAAUUGGCCCUAAAACUGGAAAAGCAUUGCACUACAAGGGAUCCUUCUUCCAUCACAUCAUGAAAGGUUCCAUGGCUAAGGAAACAGGGCUGAUGGUCACGACUGCUUUUCUUCUCGUGUUUGUCUUGCAGGCUGGUGAUUUUGUGAAAAGAGAUGGAACUAGUGGAGAAAGCAUAUAUGAAGUGAAGUUUCCAGGAGAUGAAUUGGCAAAGUUAAAGCAUGAUGGCGCUGGUCUUUUAUCCAUGCCAGUUUCUUAUCGCGAUUCCAUAGGUUCACAAUUUAUUAUCACCCUCAGUGCUGCUCAUCAUCUUGACCGGAAAUCUGUAAUCUUUGGGAAGCUUGUCCAAGGAGAUGAGGUCUUGAAAAAAAUUGAAAAUGUUGGUGAUGAAGAGGGAAGGCCGACUGUAAAAGUUAAAAUAAUUAAUUGUGGUGAAUUUAUUGAAGACAAAAAGAAAAUUAAAUCAAAAAUAGGAAAAGAUGCUUGUCCUGAUGCCAAUAGUCAUGAAGCACGGAGAAAGGGGAAACACAAGAAAUCUUCAAAAGACAGAAGGAAAAAGAGAAGAAGAUAUUAUUCAUCUGAUUCAGAGAGUUCCUCAGAUUCUGAGACUGAAUCAUCUGAGUCUGAUACUAAUUCUGACUCAUCUCUAUCAUCCUCCUCUGAAAUGAGUUCUUCAAGUGAUGACAGGCAUAAAAAGAGAAAGAGAUCUUCUAAACGUGAAAAACAUAGGCGUGGAAAAAGGAGAGAUGGACGGCGUGACAGAAAGCGAAAGAGACGUGAUAAGAGAUCCAAGCGCAGAUCAAGAAGGGCUUCUGAUAGCAUGACAGAUGACGAAAGUGAGAGUAAAAGUGAAACUAGCACUGAUAAUGGUGCUAAUGUGCAGGGAAAAGCUCGGAAGCAUAAAGAACUUUCUCAGAAAACUGUUGGGAAUCAAUCUCCAUCAGCCAUAGAAGAAGAAGUUGCCUCCCUUUGUCAUAAAAAUGGUGAAGAGACUAAUAUGUUUGAAAAGGAGGGUGAUCUUCCCAUGGAAAAUGGACGGCAGCAGAGCAAUGGCAUUGAAGAUGAUGAAUCUGAAAGAAGUGCUAAUAGGCAACCUGAUGUUGUAGAUGAUCGCCCAAGCAAAUCUAGGAGCCGGAGCAUGAGUCCUAAAAGGACCAUGAGUAAGAGUAUGAGUAUUAGUCCCAGACAUAGUCGAAGCAAGAGCCCAAGUGUUAGCCCUAGGCGAGAUGUGAACAGGAGUCUGAGUAGAAGUCCUCCACGUGUGCUGCAGAGUAGUAUCAGCAGGAGUCCUAGGAGAAGCAGAAGCAGCAUGAGCCCUGCUAGUGGCAGCAGAAGUCCACCAAAGGGCAGGAGUAGAAGUAUCAGCAGGAGCCCAGUUAGAACUGUCAGCAAAAGUCCGGCUAGAAAUGUCAGCAGAAGUCCACCAAGGAGCAGGAGCCGAAGAAUCAGCAGAAGCCCAUUGAGGUCCCAUUCUCGAAAAAGGAAUAUUAGUGGCAGCCCUGUGAGGUCCCGAUCUCGAAGAAGCCUAAGCAGGAGCCCACCUUGCACAUCAUCAAGAAAGUCAAUUAGCAGAAGUCCUCCUAGGAAUUCAAAAAGAAGCAGCAGUAGAAGUCCUUUUAGAUCUUCUCAGAGAAGUGUAAGCAGAAGCUCUGGGAGGGCUCCUUCAAGAAGAAGCAUCAGUAGAAGUCCAAGAAGGCCACCAAGUCGGAGUACUCGCCGUAGCUAUUCAAGGAGUCCUAGUCGUCCACGAAGGGUAAGGUCACCUCCUCCUGAUCGAAGAAGUUUAUCUAGAAGUGUUUCCCCUGAUGGAUCGCCAAAGCGCAUCAGGAGGGGGCGGGGUUUCAGCCAGCGUUAUUCUUAUGCACGACGAUAUAGAACUCCCUCUCCUGAUCGUUCUCCAGGGAGGUCCUAUCGUUAUGGUGGGAGAAGUGAUCGGGACAGGUAUUCAAGUUACAGGAGGUAUUCACCUAGGCGUUAUAGAAGCCCUCCACCAAGAGGACGGACUCCUUCAAGGUACAGAAGUAGAAGAAGCAGGACACGAAGUCCAUCUGUAUCACGCAGCCCCGUCUACCGCAAUCGUCGCUUUAGCCGUAGCCAAAGCCCCAUUCGUGGCCGUUCACCAGUUGAGACGACCAGGCGCCAUGCCUCUCCUUAUGCAGGGAGGCAAAGGACACCUUCUCGGAGCAGGAGCGCAUCCAGAUCAAGGUCCUCAUUAGAGUCCCGGUCUCCAAAACAGGGAAGCAAAGCAAGGUCAAGGUCCUCUUCUGGAAGUCCAGAUGGCAAGAGGGGCCUAGUCUCCUAUGAAGAUGGUUCCCCUGACUCUGGCAGAUGAAUUAGUUAACUCUUGCGAUUACUGGUGUUGUUUCCUAAUGAGCUUGUGUUUCUUAUGGCACAAUGGAGUAGCGGUUAACAAAAAUUCUUCUAUGCUUUGUUCUUCCCAAUGCUGUGGCUUGGUAUGAGAUACCUGAACUUAUAUUUAGAAGUUUGGAUUUUAGGUCCAUCUUUGUUAUGUUUCCAGCAUAUGUUUGAGGUAACGUUUAGCAUAUGGGUCAUAUUAUGUUCAGGAUUCUGUCUGUUAUAGUUGGUCAUGGAACACCAUUUAUCUGUGAGGAUUUUUGCCAGCUGAUGGCAAUAUGGAUUAGGUGCCCCAUGUGCAUCAGGAAUUUUCUUCCCCUGAAUUAUUACGCAAUAUGAAUUACCAUUUUAUUUGG